GGUGCCCUGUACAAUUAUCCUCGCAUUCAUAGCCUGAGAUCUUUUUAUAACCUUUUCGAGGGAGCCCGGAUAAAGCUGAACCCCAUUGCACUUGGCCGCCACUUUCAUGACCCUCUGGAAUUCGUCAUACCAGCCUCGAGAAAGUAGCCAUCGUGGCGAUUCGUGUAAAAUCAUCCAGAUUGGCAAGAUCAAAGCGUUCAUGAAUGCCGCAUACCACCAGAUCAACCGCCAGUUUUGACUGGAAUAGGCCACGACACCGUGCAGGCAGCUGCCUGCGAUUUGAAAGAUUUCAAUAACGGGUGUCAGAUGAACAAAGUCCUGUCCAACCACUUCAGAUAAGUAAAUGAAGGCCAGAGUAUGACUGGACAGGGCAAAUAAGCCUGCCGUGAAGGACAGUAUAGUAAAGCCCCAAUAUGUGUCCGCGGAUCCAAGGAAGACACUGAAUGGUGCUUCCUACAACGGCGCUCUUCCUAUUAUAGACCAUCACAUCAGGCUGCUAUUGGUUUACCUCUAGUUCGUUUCCCCUACGCCCUCAAAGCAUAUCGGGCGGAAUUACACUAGUUUUAUCGCACAGAGAAUAUUGGCCCUCAACUGGUUUGUACUAUGUAAGUACAGUCGUCUCCAAACGUGGUGUAGUUUCGAUCAUGGCCUAUUGCAAGAUGGACAUGCUAGACCUCCGCAAUUCAAAAACAUCUUCGAGCCACAAUUACUUCAAGUUUGGCAUUUUGAUCUCCUUAAUGACCAUCAUUACCUCUGUCAUCGUUUAUGCCUUUGCGUUUAUUCUGUACGGUGGUUACUUUCAUGCAGAGUGCGGUUGUUCGUAUAAUCGAACCGAAAUCAUUUCUCUUCAAGCUCAGAUAGAGAACCAAUCGCAAAAUAUUCAAGACAUGUUACCAAACUUCAGGAAUGAUCUAGCGGAAAUCCAAGAACAGAUGAGUCAGCAGAUCAUGAAUGUCAGGCAAGAGAUUCAAUCCCAAGCCAACUCGGUUGAACAAAAGGCCAACGAAUUUGCAUCUGUAGCCGAUAAAAACAUUACCCAAACCUUGGAACUCAUGUCUCAAGAGCAUGGUGAGUCAGUUCAGGUUUUGGAGGAAAUGAAUAAGAAAAUUGCAGACAUCCAAGAAGCUAAAAUAUUCAAGGAGGAGAUCGUGGAUGACCUUCGAAGUCAGAUGUUCAAUGUGUCUGCCAACACGGAAAUGUUGGAAGUAAUCCACAUCAAACUCAACUCCACCGAGCAACUCAUAAAAGACUUGACACUUUGGAAAGAAUAUGGCUUCGAAGACGUCCUUCAGUACCAUUUGGAGGAGAGUUCAAUUCUCUUGGAUCAAAAGUUAACUCACAGGUUCGUCCAGAUGAUCAAGGCAGAGAUUCAAUUGUCACAAGAUGCCAUGAAAGAGGUCAUGGACGGAAUGCUUGCUUACUACGAUCAAUUCGAAGCUCGUCUCAAUAAAUCCAGUAUUCACCUCAAUCUGAUCAAGGCGAAUGUGUCCCAAAGCUUGGACAAAAUGAAGACAUCCUUGCUCGAAACCAUCAAGACUGACCCAAGUUUUCAAGAGGUCCUUCUCCCUAAAAGCCCAGUCUACGAGUUUCCGCAUUCAGACAAGCGAAUGACUUACAAUGAAGCUCUUCAAUACUGUGCCCAAAAAGGUGGACAUUUGCCCAUGUUCCAAUCAUCAAAUCCGGAACCUGAGUACGCCACUCUACUUGCCAAGGCAACCGAAAGAAAUAUUGAACUUUUUUGGUUAGGGGCAACGGAUAUCGGCAACGAGGGACUGUUCACUUGGUCGGAUGGAACACCCAUGGUGUUUACGAGAUGGAACAGGAAGGAGCCCAAUAACCAUAAUGGAAACGAACAUUGCGUCGAAGUACGGACGUCCUCUCGGGUUUGGAAUGAUUCGUCUUGUGAAAAAAAGCGUCGAGUGAUUUGUCAAUUAUGAUUGUUCGAUAUUUCCUCUUACUUCUUAGUUUUGCCUUAGCUUAAUUUGAAGACACUUUCAAUUGGAUGUAUGUAGACAACAGAAAAGGAAUAAGGUUGCGAAAGUGAUUCUAACAUUCAGUUAAGUAAAAGGUUACAUUUAAAUUUCGAGUGAAAACUGAGGGGAGUUUGCGGUCAAAAAGAGCAUAUUAAAAAUUCAGAGGAGACACUAAAUUGUAUUGGGGUAUUAAAGGGUGGCCUGAAAUAACGUCAAUAAAUCAAUCUUGUAUCUAGGUACAGAGUCCGCUAUCAAGGGUAAUUUCGAACUGGAAAAAUAAUUAGAAAAAACAUCCCAAGAACAUCUUCUGGACGUAUCACUCAACCUGGCUUACAUUUCCCACCCCCAAAGCCUUCAAUCUUUUUGGGAAAAUGAGUCGCUAGCAUUUGAAACCUAACUGAUUUACUUUUCACGCGCAGAGAUGGCUUAAGAUUGCUUCCCAAAAUUCGCUUCUCUUUGUUUGAAAGUGGAAAAUGAUUUAACUUGUUUGUAGAGCACCUUUGCAGGUGACCAAAGUUCAAAUAUCUACGCAACAAAGUUUGAUUUGAAUAUUUGAUUGAUCCGAUUUUCAAAGACACAUGUGACAUUACCGUGAUUUAUGGCUACCCUCUGGAGGAGCGACACGUGUACGUAAUUAUUGUUCGAACUAAACCUUGUCAAAAUUGUACCUGCUCUUCGAAAAGGCAUUGUUGGUAAGAAUGCAGUUUCAUGUAGAUUAUUUCUUUGAGAAAUGCUUAUAACGAGUAGGACGUACUCUCCCAUAGUGAUUUGGAAGACGAGCUUCAUGCUCAAAACGAAUAGAAAAGGAAAACUUUUGGGAUUUCUAACAUUAAAACCAACUUUAGGUGAGAUUUGCCAACCACGUGGUCUUACGACAUAUCAUUGGCAUGUCUUAUUUUGAAGCUAUAUCCGGCACACCAUGUUUUUCAUGAAAUAUAUAGUACUCAAUCUA